UAUAAAUCACGUGUUUUUUUCCUAAUAACUUUUAGAAUUCCUCUCUCUUCUCACUUUGUUAAUUCUACAUAAAAAUUGGUUAUGCUGCUUAUACUAUCUGGAAAAUACUUUUUAUGUAAAGCUCAUAGCUGUAACAAAAAUAAUUUCUAGAAUGAGAUUUCUGUAUUUACCAAAAAAAGUUCCAAAAAACAGGAACAGGAUAAAAUUUUCCAAUUGAAGUAUACUUCUGACGUAAAAGCAAAGCUCCACCACCGUUAGAUUAUUAUCAUAUCUCUAAAUAGAUUUUAAAUUUUGUUUCUUUUUAAAAAACAUUUUUUGUUUCCUUCUUCUUCCCCGUUAAGCGGGAAAAUUCUGUCGGGAUCUCCGGCAACAAACGCGCCGGAGUCAAGAUUUUGUCUCUCAACUGCUUCUCCUUUCUUUCCCCAUUGUAAAUUUCUAAACUUUAGCCAGAAAUUGACCCAAAACCCUAAAAUUUGUGUUUUUGGUUCUCCGACCUAAUAAUGGAGGAGUCUCGAGGAUCUUCUGAUCAAGAAGAUGAACAAAUUGUUCAAGUCAGGGAAGCUUUAAUGUGUCCCGACGGUGAAAAGUUUGAAUCUUUACGAACGGCGAGGUUCUUAAACUACACAACGGCAUCUAUCGACGACGAUGUCUUUGACCUUCCUCUCGAUGCGUUUGUGUGUAGACCACCGGAAGGGUUUGAUCCAACGGCGAAGAUCUCGUUUCCAGGGUGGGGAACUCCGUCGUUGAACUGGAUUGAGUGGGUUAAUGUAAUGGCUAAGUCACACGCCACGGUGUGGAAGAAAUCUGGUGUUUACGAUGCGAUUUUGGCGUCUAGGUAUCAGAUUAAGAGGCAUGAUGAUUUGAUUGUGGCGUUGGUGGAGAAAUGGUGUAUUGAGACGAAUACAUUUGUGUUUCCUUGGGGUGAAGCGACGUUGACGUUGGAGGAUAUGAUUGUUCUUGGAGGAUUGUCUGUUACUGGGAACAAUGCUUUGGCUCCGGUUAAACGAGAUGGUAUGAAGGAGGUGGAGGAGAAGAUGAAGGAGGCGAAACGUUAUAUUGAGGUGAGUUUGGAGAAGAAAUGUUGUGUUAGUAUGUGGAUGAAAGAGAUGAUGAAUUCAGGGAAUGAGAUUGAGCAUGAGGCGUUUAUGGUUUCGUGGCUUUCGCGUUUCGUCUUCACUAAUUCGGGUGACGUGUUGAGAGAGAAGCUGUUUCCGGCUGCGGUUCAGCUUGCUAAGGGUGUUAGGUUGGCUCUUGCUCCGGCGGUUUUAGCUAGGAUUUACGGGGAUCUUGGGGUUUUGAAGGAGUUUCUUACUGGUUAUAGUGAGAAAGAGACAGUGGUGGUGAAGUCUCCGUUUCAGUUUGUGCAGGUUUGGGCUCUGGAGAGAUUCAUGGCGUUGCAGCCACCUGGCCAGCCGAGUCAGUUAAAGACUGGUGAACCGCGGAUAGCGCGGUGGCAUCAUUAUGGUGGUGGUCAGGAUGUGUAUGGCUAUCCUGAGAAUAUCAGAGCGGUGUUGGACUCGGCUAAAGAGAGUUUCGACUAUCGUCCAUAUACAAAACCUGUGAAUAACUUCAGAUUCCCAAAGUUUUACUUUGAAGAUGACUGUUGGGUUCGAGUAAGACCUGAUGAGAACAUUGUAGCCUUUGGUCGGUGUUUGAGGUUUGCUAAACUGGUUGGUUUGGAUUGCAUUGAACCUUAUUAUCCUCACCGUGUGGCAUUGCAGUUUGGUUAUGAUCAGGAUGUUCCCGGCGUAGUUCCAGCUAGAAUUGAGACGCCGGAAUUGGCCUGGAAAGAUUAUAUCCGUCCCAUUGCUGAUGGAAUGUUGUACUUUCCUGCUCGGCUUCACGAGGCUGAUGUUACGGUUGGGUACAUUCGGUGGUGGAAACUUUCUGUUGCGGUUUUGCAGUUAGGGGCUGAGAAAAUUUUCAAAACGCUUCUGGCUUCACAUUCAAAACAGAAACCUGUGACUACAACAACAACUGCUGCAACGACUCCUACAAAGGUAACAAAGAAAAUAUCAGCAGCAAAAGCUGAGGGAAAAGAUCAAGAGGUGGUAAAGAAGAGGGAAAUAGAGACAAAAAGAGAGACAUCUGUUACUGGAUCAAGCAUCGAGGUGAGUAGAGCAGAUGGUCGAAGCCAUGGCAGUAGUAGCUAUGCAGGGAGUCUCACGGGUUCAGAGCAAGCAACUAAGCAUCCUUUCAAGAAGCCUGAAUGGGUUCAGAGAUCAUCACAUAGACCGAAAAAGAGCCCUGAUAGAAGUUCUGAUGAGCCUGAAUGGGUUGAGACAUCAUCAGCUCGAUCGACAAAGAGUCCUGCUAGAAGCUCUGAUAAUCUUAAAUGGGUUCAGCGAUCCUCACCUAGAUCGACAAAGAGCCCUGAUAGAAGCUCGGGAAGAGCAGCGGAUGAUGUUAAGGAUCUUAAGGGAGCUCUCAGGGGCUCGGGGGGAACAAAGAGUCAGGGUCAUGUCACGUUUCAGCUUCCUAGCUCGCCUGGGAGAUCUCCAUCCAAGACACAUACGUUUUCGCCAAAGCAAAGUGAUUCUCCUGUCAAAAAACCGAACAUGUUACCUCGGGUAGCAGACUUAGCCAAGCAAUCGAGCUCUUCUCCUUGGGUUCCAAGACAUACAUCGUCUGUUGCUCAUCCUCCUAAGCAAGAGAACUACAUAAAGCACCACAACUCCACAAGCUCACGAGUUUCCAAAGAAUCGAACAGGACACCAUCUGUUUCUAGUUAUCCUUUAAAGAGGAAGACGUCACAAAGAUCUCCUGAAGCUAUUAACUCGCGUGGUCAGAAAAAUCCCCCAAGCCCACGAGUUUCAAAAGAACCGUACAUGUCAUCUUCUUUGUCUGUCUCUUCUUCUUCAACGAGGAAGAAGCCUCCAAGAUCUCAUGAAGCUGCCAAUUCACGUGGUUACAACCAUACCCCAAGCCUGCGAGCUUCAAAAGAACCGUACAAGUCAUCUUCUUUAUCUGGUUCUUCUUCAACGAGGAAGAAGCCACCAAGAUCUCAUGAAGCUUCCAGUUCACGUGGUUACAAUCAUCCCCCAAGCCCGCGAGUUUCAAAAGAAUUGAACAAGACACCAUCUAUUUCUGGUUCUCCUUCUGCAACAAGGAAUAAAUCACCAAGAUCCUCAGAAAAUGUCAACUCAUGUGGUAAUUCAUCAUCCGGAGGCAAUUCUGUUGUCAAGAGAAAUACUGACACAAGCAUCAUAGUUUCCAAACAAGAAUCACCAAUAAAAACUCAGCUCGAUAUCAGUAAGGCUAAUAAGUUACUGGAAGAGGUGGUGACUCUACGGGAACAAGUUGGCGAAGAUGGUGAAGUGACAUAUCAGAUACCAAAGCAACAAUUUGAAGAUCUAAGCAAAGGGGUCCAUAAUGUUCUACAUGAUCUACAAUCUAUUAAAUUCGCAUUGAACAUACAAGAUAAUGAUGAUGCUUAGUUCUUGAUCUCUUAGAAUCUGACUACUAGACCUUUAAAAUCUUCAUCUUUUUUUGUUCCAACUCAUUCAAUAUAAAUACUUUGAAGUGGGAUCCAAAAGCUACACAAAAGGGUAGACACAGUAUAAUCUAAACAGUGCAAAAACUAAGACAAUGUUUGAGUUCUUACUAGCUUAAAGCCUGUAAAGAACCAUUCUUUUGAAACUACAAUCCUGUCAACUAAAGUCUGGAGCUUUACUGCUCGAAAACGGCUACAUUUACGCAUAACAAGCUGCACACUGCAUCAAAACAUGUCACAGAGACUUACUGUAAUGAUGAGUAACCAGGUUGGCUUGUUUGUGUCACCUUUUUACAACAAUCUCCUAUUGUUCUUACGAAUUUGGUGGCCACUCCUCAAGCAAUUAACCUCAAAAAUCUCCAAAAUCAAGACAAAGAAACCAAAAUGGUUGAA